UGACUCAGGGCGCGGGUCGGCAGCCGGGAUCCUGCCCAACGUCGAGCUGCCCAACGCCGCCUUUGUUCCUGCAGGAAGGGCGAGCGGCGGCCGGCGCGCAGCGCUCCUCCACCCUCCGCCGAGCUCGGCCGCUCCGCGCCUUCUGGGGGCUCCGCAGACCCGCGAGAUGGCGCCAAGGAGAAAUGGGCAGUGCCGGCGCCUGCUGCUGGUGCUUUUGGUGUCCGCGUCUCUCCCCACGGUCACCCGGACCCGCGCCACUGCAGAAUCAGCUACCCAAGGCCCCCUGGACCUCACUGUGCUUAUCGGCGUCCCCCUGCCCUCAUCCGUGUCCUUCGUCACGGGCUAUGGUGGUUUCCCAGCCUACAGCUUCGGCCCCGGUGCUAAUGUUGGCCGCCCAGUUAAGAGACUCAUCCCAUCCACCUUCUUCAGGGACUUUGCCAUCAGCUUCACAGUGAAGCCAGGCAGCGCCCAGGGCGGUGUGCUCUUUGCCAUCACCGAUGCCUUCCAGAAGGUCAUCUACCUGGGCCUGCGGCUCUCGGGCGUGGAGGACGGCAGCCAGCGAGUCAUCCUCUACUACACGGAGCCCGGCUCCUCCGUGUCCCAGGAAGCUGCCGCCUUCCCGGUGCCCGUCAUGACUCACCGGUGGAACCGCAUGGCUGUGAUCGUCCAGGGCGAGGAAGUGACCCUCCUGGUGGACUGUGAGGAGCAGAACCGUGUUCCCUUCCGGCGCUCCUCCCAAGCCUUGGCUUUCCAGCCCAGCUCGGGAAUUUUCGUGGGCAACGCAGGAGCCACGGGGCUGGAAAGAUUCAUUGGCUCCAUUCAGCAGCUCAUAAUAUACCCGGACCCCAGGACUCCUGAGGAGUUGUGUGAACCUGAAGAAUCCUCGGGGUCAGGGGAGAGCAGCGGCCUUCAGGAGGCAGAUGGCGUAGCUGAGAUCUUGGAAGGCGUCACCUACACCCAGGCCCCGUUUAACGUAGAAGAAGUUGAACCUAUAAACAGCCCUCCAACUCCAUCACCUCCCUCCGAGGAUUUAGACAUUUCUGGAGAACCUGUACCUGAGGGGACCCCAGGAGCCACCAACUCCAGUGACAUCUCACACGGCAACCCUGAGCCAGGGUCUGGUGAGAUCCUGAGUGACACACUGGAGGGGGAUCGUACUGUGGACGGUACCCCCAUGACAGACAUUGGUUCUGGGGAUGGAAACUUCAUCCAUGUCACUGAAGAGGGUCCAUAUACUGAAGCAGCUUUGGCAACAACAGCAGCAACAGGGGUGGCCGAGGUGCCCGUCAGCACUGCCGGGGGAGCAGAGGCCAGAGGUGCACCCACUGGGGAACCGACCUUUGCCUCAUCCUCCCAGGACCCCGGCGAAGGGGUCACGCCAGGUCCAGAUACUGAAGAAGGUUCAGCCACAGGGGAGGCCGAGAUGCCCCUCAGCACUGCCUGGGACAUAGAGACCCACAGUGUAGCCACCAGGGAGCCAACCCUCUCCACAUCCAUCCAGAUCCCUGAGGACGGCAUCUCGCUGGGUCCAAACAAUGAAGAAAGUUUGACAACAGCAGCAGCUGCAACAAGUGUGCCCCUCAGCACUCUUGAAGAGGAGGCCAGUAGGGCCCCCACAGCUGGCCUGGCCCCUGAGCAAGCGGCCACAUCUGGUCCUGGUGAUGAAGACUUCACAGCAGCCAUGACAGAGGCGCCCCUUAUUACUGCUGGGGCAGAAGUGUUGGGCAGUGCACCUCCUGAGGGCCCACCACUCCCCAUACCCACAGUCUCUCCGCUUGCAGUUGGACCUACCAGUCCCCCUGAACCUACUGGACCUGCUGGACCAAAGGUAGAAGUGGAGGCUGAGGGCUCUGGCCUGGCCUGGGGCUCAGGCAUGGGCUCUGGCUCCGGUGACCUGGUGCUCGGCGAGGAGCUAUUAAGGGGUCCUCCCGGCCCCCCGGGCCCACCUGGAGUACCUGGGAUUCCAGGCACACCAGGAACUGAUAUUUUCACGGGGCCUCCUGGAUCUCCUGGAAAGGAUGGAGUUGCUGGUGAACCUGGGCCCCCGGGCCCCGAGGGACAACCUGGACCUGAUGGAGCCUCUGGCCUUCCCGGAAUGAAAGGGGAGAAGGGAGCAAGAGGACCUAAUGGCUCAGUUGGUGAAAAGGGUGAUCCGGGCAUCAGAGGCAAACCAGGACUUCCCGGGAAACAUGGACAAGUUGGCACUCCUGGAGUCAUGGGGCCUCCAGGCCCCCCAGGCCCCCCAGGCCCGGGAUGUACAAUGGAACUUGAAUUUGAGGAGAUUGAAGGCUCUGGAAGCAGCACAGUGUUGAACAAGCCCAGAAUCUGUGGACCAACAGCUUCAAAUGGUCUCAAAGGAGAAAAAGGAGACCAGGGACCCAAGGGUGACAGAGGGAUGGAUGGAGCCAGUACCGUGGGGCCCCCUGGGCCCAGGGGGCCGCCAGGGCGCAUCGAGGUCUUGCCUAGUUCCUUGAUCAACAUCACCCAGGGAUUCAUGAAUCUCUCGGACAUCCCUGAGCUCAUGGGGCCUCCGGGACCGAAUGGUAUCCCUGGGCUGCCAGGAUUUCCGGGCCCCAGAGGACCAAAAGGUGACACUGGUGUGCCUGGCUUUCCAGGACUGAAAGGAGAACAGGGAGAGAAGGGAGAGCCGGGCUCCCUGUUGACCGGGGAAGUUCCUCUGGAAAGACUGAGGGGGAAAAAGGGUGAACCUGGAAUUCAUGGAGCCCCAGGACCAAUGGGGCCCAAAGGACCACCAGGACAUAAAGGAGAAUUUGGCCUCCCCGGACGACCUGGUCGCCCCGGACUGAACGGCCUCAAGGGCACCAAAGGAGAUCGGGGGAUUAUGAUACCGGGCCCACCUGGCUUACCUGGUCCCCCAGGGCCCCCCGGACCACCUGGAGCUAUGGUUAACAUCAAAGGAGCGGUCUUCCCAGUACCCCCGCGGCCACACUGCAAAACACCAGUUGGCGCCUCUCAUCCAGGGGAUUCAGAACUCAUCACCUUUCAUGGUGUUAAAGGAGAAAAAGGAUCCUGGGGUCUUCCUGGCUCCAAAGGAGAGAAAGGUGACCAGGGGGCCCAAGGACCACCAGGCCCUCCACUUGAUCCAGCUUACCUGAGACAUUUUCUGAACAGCCUGAAGGGGGAGAAUGGUGACAGGGGCAUCAAAGGAGAAAAGGGGGACCCUAAUAGCGACUUCUUUUUGUCGGGGCCUCCCGGUUUGCCAGGAAGUCCAGGCCUGGUCGGCCAGAAGGGGGAGACUAUUGUCGGACCUCAAGGACCCCCAGGUAUUCCUGGUCUGCCUGGGCCACCUGGCUUUGGAAGACCUGGUUCCCCUGGACCACCAGGACCACCAGGGCCACCCGGACCUCCAGCUAUCCUGGGAGCAGCUGUGGCCCUUCCAGGCCCGCCGGGCCCUCCAGGACAGCCUGGGCUUCCUGGAUCCAGAAACCUGGUCACGGCCCUCAGCAGCAUGGACGACAUGCUGCAGAAAGCACAUUUGGUCAUAGAAGGGACGUUCAUCUACCUGAGGGACAGCUCGGAGUUUUUCAUCCGUGUCCGAGAUGGCUGGAAAAAAUUACAGCUGGGAGAACUGAUCCCCAUCCCUGCAGACAGCCCUCCCCCACCUGCACUGUCCAGCAACCCACAUCAGCCUCUGCCUCCACUGAUGUCAAUCUCAAGUGCCAGUUAUGAGAGGCCUGUGCUACACUUGGUUGCUCUGAACACACCAUUUUCUGGAGACUUCCGAGCUGAUUUUCAGUGCUUCCAGCAGGCCAGGGCUGCAGGACUGUGGUCCACCUACCGAGCCUUCUUGUCCACCCACUUGCAAGAUCUCUCCACCAUUGUUAGGAAGGCAGAGCGAUACAGCCUCCCAAUCGUGAACCUCAAGGGUCAAGUACUUUUUAAUAAUUGGGACUCAAUUUUUUCUGGCCAUGGAGGUCAGUUCAAUACACAUGUUCCAAUAUACUCCUUUGAUGGCCGGAAUGUCAUGACAGAUCCUUCUUGGCCCCAGAAGGUCGUGUGGCACGGCUCCAACACCCACGGAGUUCGUCUUGUUGAUAACUACUGUGAAGCGUGGCGAACUACCGACAUGGCCGUCACAGGCCUGGCCUCCCCACUGAGCACGGGGAAGAUCCUGGACCAGAAAGCAUAUAGCUGCGCAAAUAGGCUAAUUGUGCUGUGUAUCGAAAAUAGCUUCAUGACCGACGCUAGGAAGUAAUGACCUUCCGAUGAUCUCUCCAAUUUCUCUCAUGGGAAGAGUUGACACUGAAAUCUAAAAUGUUUAAAUGUUGUAAAUAAUUAGUUUUUAUUACACAUUCAUGACAACAGCAACCAAAGAAAACGUACCUCAAUACACUCAACACUGAAGACAGAAAGGACUCAGAUCCAAGAUAAAGUCUGAUCCAUAUUUUGGUGCUAGGUUCUGCGGGAAACCCCAUGCAGUGCGAAUACAUCCCAACGGGCUUAGGAGUGAGCUGGAGAACAAAGGCCUUGGCAUUCUGCCCACUGCAUCCUUCAGAAAGCAAUUUCCUCCUUUUAACCAUUGUUGUUGAGUGUAAGACAUCCUUCAUGUUUUCUUACAAAGUCACUGUUUAGUAAUGUUCCCCCUUUCUAAGUUAUGUGUAGACCAAAUGCUUUAUUCUUUAAUAUACAUCCACCGUUUGCAACUGCUGUUCAGAGAAACAGAACCCGCUCAAAUGAUCCUAUUUGUAUUUUCUGAUAUUAAUAGAUUUUAAUGUUUUUCCCUAAAAUAUUAUUGACAUCAUGCUUUAGGAGGUUUAUAUUUUUACACGAUCAUAUUUUAGUAUGGCAUCUGUUUAUAUAGCUCUGACUUGCUGGAAAAGUUUAAACUUCAAAUUAUCUGAAACUAGUAAAGAAUAGCAUGGAAAGACUGCCUUUCUCUGGGGCGGCCCUUCUGCCCACCCCCACCCUGAUUUUAUACCUUCCAUUUGGCGACUCUUGAAUUUUUCACUGCGAUUGAACAGUUUCACGAAGAUGAAUUUUCUUCCUGUAGUAUACUUUGAUUUCUUUCUUCCACAUAAGUGAAUAUUAAAACAUCUUUUCUAGCCAUUUUCUUCUGUUUGACUUUUUGCCCAGUUCCUUUAUUCUCCACUGCUGCUGUGGAAGUGCCCCUCGGCUGGGUUUGCCAAGCUUGUCACUGCCACUUGCGUGGCCCUGGGGAGACAUCCGAGAACAGGAAGGCUUUUCCAUCAUGCUCGUCAGCUCGGAGCUGUUGUCUCCCACUUGUUGGGGGUGGUGUGCGUGGGUGGCAGAAUCCCAGUGAGGGAAAUAGCAUGGGCUGUGACUGUCUCAAUACGUGACUUUGGACAAGUCUGCCUUUUUCUCUCGAGGCUGGGAUGAGACAAGCCUGCUAUCCACUCCCAGUUAUUAAACAUCAGUCAUUCCCUUUCCCAUUUACUUUUCCUAGUAACCCUGCAAGGUAGGUAUUUUCAUCUCUACUUGACAAAUGAAAAAUGAAAGUUGAGGCUCAGGAAGUCACCUGUUCCUUGUGGGGCUGGUUUCAGAUUCCUCUCCUGCUAUCUGCUCCUCUCUACCCCGCCUCUCAGCUUCGAGGCUUGACCUCACAGGAGAAACAGAACCAAUUUGGUGAGUAGCGUGCCUGGAUAUUUCCUCCCAUUCAGCUGGGCUGGCCCUGAUCCUUCUUGAGGUAGGAAGAGAAUUAAAAAGAACAAAGCAAACAUGGCAGAACCUCCACUGAGGAGCUUCCUGUGGAAGAGCAGUGAGACUCUAGUGAAUCAUGGGAUGGGGGCUGCUAUAGGUUAGGAAGCCAGAGAGGUGGACUGUUGGACAAGCCCACAGAGUGACUGGGGUUGCCUAGUGUGGACGGGGCCAAAGCAGGUGGUGGUGCAGGAAGCUCCUGAGGUGAUGAAGUAAAGAUGACAUUCAUUUUAGUCAGAACUUACUAUGACUGGAUCACAGAAGGAGCAUGGUGUGAUGGGGGUUCAGAGAGCCAACAAGAGGAGAGCUCCCUCUGCUAAGCCCAGGAAGGGGUGUUGCAGUUCAUACCUACAGGAGGACAUCACCAAAUAACCCUCUCAGAAGCAGGCCCUGCGUCAGCCCCAGCCCUGCUCAGACGCUAAGAACGACAAUCAAAACCCUAGGCCUGGCACUCUUGACCCUUCGUUGAACAUUGGCUUUCCUGUCACCUGGCAAAGGUGUCCAGGCUGGUGUCCUCCUGGUCACAUAAAAGAGCCACAUAGGCCCCUCUGCCAGGGCUUUUCAUGCCCUGCCCCAUCUCAGGAAAGCCUUAGUUUCUCCAGGACCAGACCUCAGGCCCAUGGCCAAAGAAGACUCUGCUUCCUCUGUGACAAGGCCCCUGGACUUUCCUACCUUUUGUCAUGCUUCCUCUCUGCACAUCUGAUGUAUUUAACAUCUGGAACUUAUACAGUUGAAACACAAUGGAUGCAAGGCUUCCAAGCCUUUUCUUUAUUCCUAUGCCUGGAAAUCCUGGAUGGACUCAGGCUGGGAAGCUCACUAUGCUCUCAGGCAUAAUAAUGGAAGGGAGAUAGGACACAGUAAGUAAUCUUGAUGGUGCUAGAGGUCUUUGGGUGUUUGUCGACCCGGAAGACCUGAAUCUACAGCAUCCAAAGACAUCUGUUCAAAAGCAGAACCAGAAGGACAGAAUCAGUUUUCUUAUAUCAACCUAUAUCAGGGAAGAGGCAGACUUUGAAGGUACAAAGGAGCAAAGAGACUGAGAAGAUGGGGUGGGGGGGGGCAAGAUGGAAAACACAGAGGAGAAGGUCCAGUGAGUCCUCUCUGCCAACCUGGCUGAGACCACAUAGUGAUGCCUGCAGAAUGGGGAAAGAACCACCUCAAAUGUCCUCCACCCUCUGGACUGCAUAUGACUUGGACUUUUAUGGUAUUAUGGGACUUGAACCUGUAGGAAUAAAGGAGGAGACAGCAUGGAAUUCAGGGAACUGUCUGCAAUCCAGUACAGCUGAAUUCUAGAAUAAGGCAUCUGGAUUUUAUCCCAUUACAUGUGGGGUGGGGUACCUAAAGAAGAUUUGAAAAGGUGAAAGAUGGGUCAGGUGCAUGUUUGAGAUAAAUCAAACAGAUCUUUUGUUUAUUCAUUCAUUUCAGAAAUAUCCUGAAUAAUGAUUUUGUACCCAAGUCCACAUUUGUAUUUGGAGGUAGAGAAAUAACUGAUUUUUCCAAUUUUCAAAUCCACCAAAUCCAUCCUAUAAAGUGUUGCAAAUCCCAUGUUUAUCUCACCCCCAUCCCCCAUUUCCUCAGGAGCCUUUCCUGAGGGACAAGCACAUGUGUUUAAUUCCUCCUUACUAGCAACUGAGGAAGUACCUUUCUGGGUACUCUUUGAGCUCCUGGGUUACCAAGAUACUACCAAACCUCCUCAAAGAUUUUCCAUCAUCUCUGCCUAAUUUCCCCUUCUGCCUUCCAUCUUCAAUUCCAACUUACAGGCAGUCAAGUAUAGACAGGGCUUUGGGUUUGAAUUGGGACUCUGUCAGCUACUGACCAUGUGAUCAGAAGCAAGUUACUGAAAAUCUCCAAGUCACUAAAUACUGUUCCUUCCACUCAACCCUUCCCUGAAGCUGUUUCUUCAUGUGUAAAAUAGAGUAAUGGAAACUACUCUCCAUUGAACUAAGUUGUUAGGAGCUCUAAGAAUAGGCCUCUGACCCUAAAUAAACAUCCAGUACACGCUUAUUCUCCUUGGUCUGCCCUAUGUGCCUCUCAGGCAGCAGGAAGGUUUUAGCUUUGCUGGAUGUUGUCAUCUAGUCUGUGUGGUUUCUCUAGCUGUCUCUAAUUCCAGGACACUGUGGUUGACGUGUACACAGGUACAGCUAUACUUGUUGGUAAAUAGCCACUGUCCCAAGCCCCUGUGUACUCUGGCUGCCCUGCUCCACCCCUCUGCUUCUCCACCUCAUAAUCCAACAACUAAAAUGUUACCAUCUGAUCCAGCAGGGGCUCCAGGAGUCAUCUCUGGCACAGGAGCUGGAUUCCUCAUGAUUGACAGGAGCGCGUGCCACGGUGACUGUGAAAUAGCCUAGUUAUCCCUUUGCUGCGCCUGCCUGGCACCCUGAGUUCCAAGCAGGACCCAGCAUGCUGUCAUCUGAUAUGUUCAUAGAACACGUAGCCCACCCCAUCUCUCCUUCCAGACUUGCUCCUUUCCCUCUGGUCCUUCUCUCAUUGAAUGGCACGACCAACCAGCCAGAAGCAGAGGGGGUCAUUUAUUUCUUCACUCUUCAACAAAUAUUGCUUCCUUAAUAGCAAUAUAAUAAUAGCAAUUAACAAUAACAACAAGAAUAGAAAAAAUAACCCAUAAAGCAAGUACUAGAAAAGAAAAAAAAAACCCAUAAAGCAAGUACUACAAAGUUACGCAACUACUUGACUUUUUUAAAUGUCCAAAUAUUGGAAAACUAUCUUAGGGCACUCUUUCUUUGCUGCAUGUGUUGGUUUUCCUUUGAGACAAUGUGGUGCUAGUUCCUAUCUAACCUGAUACAGGACUGCUGCUCACACUUCUAUACUGAUCUCCUGGCUGCCAGCCUCUUCCGUUAAGUUCAUUCUACACACCAAGAGAGAGAGAACUUUCUAGAAAGUCUGCCAUAUUCAGUGAUUUGAUUUGGGUUUCCCUUUGUUCGUUUGUUUUUAUUUUUCUUACGUAGUUUCAUUUUUGUACAGUAUUUUCUAUCUCCUCUUAGGUGUAGUCCCCAUACUUCUCCCACUACCAUUGCAUUGAUCCAUCACCACAGUCCCUUGUUCUCUUCCCUCCUCUGUUUUGACCCCAUUCCCUGUCCCUCCCUUGCUCUAUGCCUCUUAUCUGUGGUCAGAUAGAUAGAUAGAUAGAUAGAUAGAUAGAUAGAUAGAUUAACCUUUUGUUCAGUUUCUCUAUAUUCCACAUAUAAGUGAAACAAUUUAUCUUUUUCCUACUGACUUAUUUUGCUUAGCAUCAUCCUUUCUAGCACCAUCUAUGUUGCUGCAAAUGGCAUGAGCUUAUCUUUUUUGAUCACUGAGUAAUAUUCCCUUGUGUACGUAUGCCACAUCAUCUUGAUCCAGUUUUGGGGUUUUGAGGUUGUUUCCAUAUCUUGGCUGUUGUAAAUAGUGCUGCAAUAAACAUAGGAAUGCAGGUUUCCUUUUGGAUUAGUGUUUUUGUGUCCUUUGGAUAGUAGUCCUAGGAGUAGAAUUGCUGGAUCAUAUGGUAGAUCCAUUUUUCGUAUUUUGAGGACUCUCUACACAGCUUUCCAUUGUGGCUGGACCAGUUUACAUUCCCACUAGCAGUGUAAGAGGGUUCCUCAAGAACUUUCUGGAAGCUAUGAACCUGGUAUAUUAUAACAGCAAAGGCAGGGCCUGUCCAUGAGUCUCCCCACAUGCUGAAACCCUCAAGACUGUGCUAGCAGGGUCAAGAGGCAAUCCCAUGCCGGGUACCAUGGUGACCCAUACACUCCGGAGAGCCAUCGAUCCUUUUCAGUAGAGGCUUUCAUGUUUAUAAAUACCAGCAAGUAGCAGCAAGCACAAGUUAGUCAUCUGAGGAGCUUAAGCAACCUUAGAAAGGGAAGCAGCAAAUCAAUCAGACCCAUUGACUUGUAUUAAAAAGAAUGAUUACAGAAGACAGGAGCUAACUUUUUAAAACUUCAAAUUUGUAUUUCACUGAAAUGUCAGAAAGUAAAAGAAAGAUGAAAUGGAAUACUAGAAGAACAAGAAGCAGUCCUUGAAAAUGAAAUAUGUCAUUGUAUGCACCCCCAAAAUAAAACCUUAACAUAUAUGCUAUUGAAAACUGUGAGUUUUCAGGUAAACUCAUAAAGAUUAACAUGACCCCUCAAAAGACACCCAAAGAGGUAAAUAAUAAAAGACAGAGAGACAUAUAAUAGUC